AUGGGGCCCCGCCGCCUCCUCCGCCUUUUCGUGGGCCCCCCAGCCCGUGCCCUAGGGGCACUUAUAGCUUUACACCUAUAUCCUCUGGGAGCCCACACCUGGCGGGAUCCCUCGGAGGCGGCAGCCGUUUCGCUGGAGGCGCCCCAGCUCUCAGCAGCGGAAGCAGAUGCUGCUUCCAGUGCUGCUGCUGCUUUCCGUACAGCGCAGGAGGUUCCUACUGGCGCUGUCACCGGCGGAGGGCCGAGUAGAGGGGAAUCGCUGUCCUCAUCAUCUGCAGAGGCAGCAGGCGGUAAUGCUGCAGAAGCUGAUGCGGGUUCCUCCGGGGAGGAGGACGGCGAUAGCGAGUGGAUGGUGCGGUGGGCGGACGAGGAGGGCAAAGAGCUGCUAGAGGUGUUUACUUUUGUUUCAGAUGAGCCGAAAAGCUCGGAAGAAAUGUUACCACGCGCAACUUCCACCUUAGCCAUGGCAGCUGCUUCCACCGCAGCACCUCCAGCAAUAGUGCAAACUGCACGUUUGAUAUCUCUACCUCCACGCCCGGCUCGGGGUAUCCUAGUGGGUGCUCCUCCGGGGCCCCAGAGCAUCAAUUGGGAGAAGCUGUUUGCCAUAUGGGACAACGACGAGGACCACUGGACCCCUGGAGGGCCGGCUGUUGGUCUUUUAUCUGAUUUUCAGGAGCUGAAAAAGGCGUUGCCUCCGAAGUACAUAUAUGGAGUAGUGCUGCUGGCACUGCUAGCUUCGGUCCUCUCAAACCCCAUAGCAGCAGCGAAGAACGCAAAGAUAGCAGCAAAGAGACGGGAGGUAGCUGGGGCCAAACGGGAAGCGCAGGCAAUUGCCGAGCGUAUCCAGCAGCUAAAGGAAGACGUGCAAACAGCAGCAGCAGAAACAAAGGCUCUAGCAGCGAGACUGGUCGAGCGCAAGGUAUGCCUGGACUCGAUGCUGGACCUCAGGGCGGGUGUCCAUCAGACCCUUCAGGGGUCACUGGGGGCGACCGCCGAAAGGGGCACCUCCAGAGGCUCGUGGUCCCCGACGGGGGGAUCUUGGGCUUGUUCGGGCUCGAAACAGGGGUUAGAAGAGACCCAGAAGGCUCCCUCAACCAUCAAAUUUGGGCCAGACUGGGGCCUCUUGUCAAAUCCCAUUGAAUUCAGACUAAAGAUGGCCCGGGAGUGGGGGGACUGUCAGUCAUUUGUGUCUCUUGAGCUGUCGCGAGUGGUGAAGGCGCUGGCGGCAGAGGUGGAAUGGCCAGCAGGGGCUCCAGAUAAGGAGGCAAAGGCAACUGCUGCUGCAGGAGCAGAUGCAGCGCCUGCAGCAGCAGGGGCUGGUGCGGGGCAGCUCCAGGGGGAGCCUCUGUGCACAUCAGAGAGCGCAGAAGAGAUUCGCCGCUUCCUGUCGUCUGCCCGGUCUCUGCUGCAGUCUCUGAGCAGCAGCAGCAACAGCGGCAGCAGCGAGGGCUCGGCUUCGGUUGUGCCAACUGUACGUCGAGGCAAGCAGUUGCUUUUGUACGGCCUGCUGCUGCAGCAACAGCAGGAGCUGGAGCGGGAGCUGCAGAGGCAGCAAGUCCAGCGCAAGUUGCUUUCAAGCGGCCUCUCCUUCGACCGAACCAACCUAGCGCAGCACCGGCAACGCAUGCAGACGAGCAUCAGCAUGUACUUGAAGGCAGCCAGGGAUGCGGUGGCUCUGGAGCUUGACGGGGAUAUCUCUUCCGACGCAAUUACUAUUGUGGAGCAGCAGGCCAAGAGCAUCAACCUCGAGAUUCUCAACCAACUAGCGGAGGCUCUGCAUCACCCUUCCAACAGCAACGCCCCAGAUAAGCUGGUAGACCCCGUUGCACAUGCACUGCGGCACAUAGCGGAGGCCCUUCCUUCCACUGUGGCUCUGGAGGCAAGAUUGGGGGCCAUCCUGGCGGAGGUGCGGGGGUCGGAGUCCCCUGAACAGCAGCUGGCGGCCAGCGAGUUGACGGACGCCUCAGGGCGCAUUAGAACAAAAAGAGAACAAAUGAUCAAAGUGCUCAAAGAGGCGCUGGCAGACUUUGCUGCUGCUGCUAUCGAUGCUGCAGUGCAGCAGCAGAAGACGAAAAUGUUCGCCGACGCAGCAGCAAGCGCGGCUGAGACACUCAGCUCCGUCAGGAUGCUAGUGGCGAAGGCCAGAAAGGAGGCCCUUCAAACAUAG